AUGAAAAAAAGUAAGACUAAUAAACCAAAGUUUGUAAAUACCCGUAAAGUUCUUAGAAAAGAAAAAAGGAAACAAAAGAAAAUUCAUCGGCAAGAGCAUUAUCUAAAAAAGAAAACAGUUUUAAGCGAGUUGAAAACUACUCCAGAAAAAUUUGUGAAAAGGCUACCGGAAAUCGAAAAAAAGAACGAUUCAAAGAAGAGCAAAGCAAAGCCACAAAAAGAAUCUUCUCAAGAUGUGCUGAUGAGACAAAGACAAAAGGAAUUAAAAGAAGCAGAAAAACUUAAAUCGCAAAUGGAUAAACAAAGAAAGCAAAUUAUGGUUAAAGCUAAUGAAGACGAAGACAAAAUUAUUAAGAAGUUAGAAAAACAAUUGGGACUUAACAAAUCGAAGAACAAAAAUAACUAUUUUGCUGAUGAUGGUCUAGAUUAUUUACUGGAAAUAUGUGAUAGAGCUACAUCAGAGCAAAUUGUAGCUGCAGAAAAACAUUUAGCUGAUGUAGAAAAGGACUCUGAUUUUGAAGAGGAUUUAGCUGCUGUCACUGGAAAGGAAAUGCCUAAAAAGAAAGUAAAAGAUAAAAAGAGUAAUGGUAUCGAUGAAGGUGAAAAUUCUGACAAUGAUAUGGAAACUGAUGAUGAACCAAAUUCAGGUGAUGAUGAGUCAAAGACAGAUGGUGAUGAUGAAGCAAUGACAGGUGAUGAAAGUGAAGGUUCAAAUGAUUUUGAAGAUGAAAAUCUAAGUGAUAGUGAAAACAAUCAAAGUGAUGGCAGUGAAUUAAUCCAAGAAGAGCAAAUACCAAUAUUGACAUCUAAAUCACAGACUAAAUCAAAAAAGGAAAAAAUUGUAUCAGAAAGUGAGUUAAGCAAGGUGUUCAGUGAUGAUGAAAUAUCACAUUUAUCAGGUGAUGAAGAUAUAAGUGGCUUUAGUGAUGAUGAAGAAAAGAAAGAACAUAAAACAGAAAGUAAAGAAAAGCCUGAUGUUUGGGAAGAUAUUUAUGGUAGAAAAAGAGACAAAGAAGGGAAUAUUAUAAAGGAAGAGAAGGGUGUUUACAUACCACCACAUUUGAGAAAUAAGGAUUCAGCAUCAGAUAAAGAACUUGCUCAAAUAAAAAGGCAAAUUAAAAGUGUGCUUAACAAACUAGCCGGAACAAAUCUCCACUGGGCUUCCACAUCGAUAGAGAACUUGUAUUCAAGCAACAGUAGGAAUUCAGUUAACACUGCCCUAACUCAGUUAUGGUUAGAGGCAGCAGUCAGUGAAGCCAUCACUCCGCAGAGGAUGUUAGUUGAACAUGCGGCCUUGAUAUCUAUCCUGCAUGCUAAUGUUGGAUCUGAAAUAGGUGCCCAUUUCUUAGAGGAAUUGUCUAAAAAAUUCGACGACAUGAUGCAAACUCCGCAACCCGUGGAAAAUAAAACAUUGGACAAUCUCGUGUCUUGUCUGGCACUUUUGUACAGUUUUAAGAUAUACCACGUAUCUCUCCUGUACGAUAUUUUAAAUCGUUUAGUGGAAGAGCUGUCGGAGAAGAACAUAGACUGUGUUUUGGCGAUUUUGAGGAAUGUAGGGGGAGUGUUGAGGAAGGAAGAACCGGCGGCUCUGAAGACAUUCAUCCAUGACACUCAGGCGAAGAUUUCCAAGUUAAAUGAAGAUGCGGAUAGUGGAUCACGUAUAAAAUUCCUUCUGGAAGUGUUGCUAGCUGUUAAAAAUAAUAAUUUAAAUAAAAUUCCCAAUUAUGAUCCAAGUUAUGUGGAACAUUUGAAGAAAAUGUUCCGCGGCAUCGUGCGGCGCGGCAACUACGUCACUCCCUUGAACAUUAGGCUAGAAGAUCUAUUGAAAGCGCAGGAGCGCGGCAAGUGGUGGGUGGUCGGGUCGGCGUGGGAGGGUGCGGGGAGCGCAGGGGGCCCGCCCGCCGCCGCCGCCGCGCCCAGCGUGGACCAGAAGCUUCUGGAACUGGCCAAGAAACAGCGCAUGAACACCGACGUCAGGAGGAGCAUCUUCUGCAUUAUCAUGUCGGCUGAGGAUUUUAUGGAUGCAUUCGAAAAACUCCAACACUUAGGUCUCAAAGGGCAACAGGAAAGGGAAAUAGUGCACGUGCUGUUAGCUUGUUGCCUGAACGAAAAAGCUUACAAUCCAUACUAUGCAGUUUUAGGACAAAAGUUAUGCGAUGUCGACAGAAAGUAUCAGCUUUCAAUACAAUAUUCUGUGUGGGACAAAAUUAAGGAUCUCGAAUCUCUGUCGAAGCAAGCGAUGACGAACUUAGCUCAGUUUCUCAUACAUCUGAUUAUGGAGAAGGGAUUGCCGCUGUCCGUGUUAAAGAUUAUCCAGUUUUCAGAUUUAAACAAAAAGACAGUGAAAUUUAUGAGACAAAUAUUAUUAGCGAUAAUUAUGAACGCCGACUUACAAAUUUCGCUAGAAGUAUUCCAUAGGAUAUCAAAACCGCCUAAACUACACAUGUUUAGAGAAAGUCUUAGGUUGUUUAUACAACAUUUUUUAAUUAAAAAUGCCGGUAAAAAGACAUCAGUUCUUAGUGAAGAGGAGAUGGCAACACUGAAGGAAAGAGCCAUAGAAGUAGAUAAAAUAUUGACCAUGAGGUGUGAAGGAGACCAGCCGACUGUGAAAUGUUAUUUCCAUAAUGUUAUAAUGUGUUUGAUUUCUAUCAAUCUGAGGUUGUUGCCUCAUAAUAUCUACAUACAAGCAUCCCGCCCUUACCUUGUCCACUUUGCU